CCGCGGAAACCCAGAGGUUCUGAGCGUCGGCUGCGCUCUGCGCGCGCACCUGCGCUGCUUUUCAAGCUUGCACCGCUGGGCGCUGCGCUCCGCGGAGGGCCUGGGGACUCGGCUGCCCGCUACGGUGCCCCCCGCAGCACAGCCGCGAUGCUUUUCUUCCUCUACUCUUUCCUGCUAUUCCCCUUUCUCCUCCUCUGCUACCUGGAGUCGCUCCUGAAGCUUCUCAUUCCCAAGAAGAGAAAGUCGGUGGCCGGAGAGAUCGCCUUGAUUACUGGCGCUGGGCAUGGCAUUGGCAGGCUGACCGCCUAUGAGUUUGCCAAACUCGGAAGCAAGCUGGUUCUGUGGGACAUCAACAAGCAUGGAGUUGAGGAGACCGCAGCUAAGUGCCGGGAGCUUGGUUCCAGUGUCCAUACCUUUGUGGUGGACUGCAGCAAACGAGAAGACAUCUACAGCUCGGCCAAGAAGGUGAAAGAAGAAGUUGGAGAUGUUAGUAUCUUGGUAAAUAAUGCUGGUGUUGUCUACCCCUCGGAUUUUUUUGCUACACAAGAACCUCAAAUUGAAAAGACUUUUGAAGUUAAUGUUCUUGCACAUUUCUGGACUACAAAGGCUUUUCUUCCAGCGAUGAUGAAUAACAAUCAUGGCCAUAUCGUCACAGUGGCUUCAGUAGCUGGGCAUUAUGGUGUCCCUUUCUUAAUGGCAUAUUGUUCCAGCAAAUUUGCUGCUGUCGGAUUCCAUAAAUCUCUGACUGAAGAAUUGGAAGCCCUAAAAAGGCCUGGAGUCAAAACUUCAUGUCUCUGCCCUAACUUCAUCAACACUGGGUUCAUCAAAAACCCUUCUUCUAGUUUAGGCCCCGUCUUAGAACCUGAGGAAGUAGUCAGCAAGCUCAUGGAUGGGAUACUGACAGACAAGAAAAUGAUCUUUGUUCCAUCUUCAUUAGAUAUUUUAACAAAAUUUGAAAGGCUUCUUCCUGAGCAUUUCCUGGCAAUUAUGAAAAGAAAGCUCGAUGUUAGGUUUGAUGCAGUGAUUGGAUAUAAACCAAAAGAAUAAUAAGUGCUUGACUUUACUUCUUUUUUUUUUAAACUAAUCUACCAAAUUUAAAUUGAUUUAAAUUAAUAAGAAAUUUUAUGUUUGGUUUUUCACAUUUGCUUUUCUUAAUUAUCCUUCUUUUUCUCCAGUAUCAUCUUUUGGGACUCAGGCAGUUCUUAUAUAUAUUAUUUGUUCUUUAAUUGAAAACUAGAAGAGCAAUUCUUUGGGGAUUGACCUUAUGGAAAUGGAGGAUAAAAUGGACAAUAAUGGUUUUUAAUAAUUUUUAAG